AUGACUCCAGUCUGGAUUGUCUCUCUCCCAGCAGGUGCUGAGCGAGGGAGUGAGAAUGAGGAGGGGAAUCAUGAGGAUGUUCCUAGUGAAGUGGAUGAAUGUAUUAUAUGUGGGGGAAGACCCAAGGAUCCCACAGCCCAGCAGACAAAUCCCAGUGAAGAGAAACCCUAUCAGUGCCUCAAAUGUGGGAAAGGAUUCAUUCUAAGAUCACAGCUUGUGACAUAUCAGACAAUCCAUACUAGAGAGAAACCCCUUCAAUGCUUGGACCUUGGCAAAAGCUUCAAUAAUCGCUCAGACCUGAAAAAUCAUGGGAGACGCCACACAAGAGAGAAACCCUUUCAAUGCCUUGAGUGCAAGAAAUCUUUCUACUCUAAGUCAGCACUAAUAACACAUCAGAGAAUUCACGCAGAAGAGAGACCCCAUAAGUGCUUGGACUGUGGGAAAAGUUUCACACGGAGAUCAGUCCUCAUUCAACAUGGGAGAAUCCACACAGGAGAGAGACCCCAUAAGUGCUUGGACUGUGGGAAAAGUUUCAGAUACAGAUCAGUCCUUCUUUCACAUCUGAGAACCCACACAGGAGAGAAACCCCAUAAGUGCCUGGACUGUGGGAAAAAUUUCAGAUACAGAUCAGUCCUUCUUUCACAUCUGAAAACCCACACAGGAGAGAAACCCCAUAAGUGCUUGGACUGUGGGAAAAGUUUCAUAUGGAGAUCCACCCUUGUUUUACAUCAGAGAAUCCACACAGGAGAGAGACCCCAUAAGUGCUUAGACUGUGGGAAAAGUUUCACACAGAGAUCAAACCUCAUUAAACAUGGGAGAAUCCACACAGCAUCUAAAAUUCUGUGAUCCAUGGCCAGAAAGGGUGAAGCAACGUGCAGGCUAAUUGAUCCAGUUUCAACCUUUAGAGACACGCUUCGUAAGUGUGUAAAUGGUAUUUAGGUCCUUUCCAUGUUCUACAGGCUUGAGCUUUGAAAUGAAAACUUGUAUUCCUAAAGAAUUGGAAGAAGAUGGUAACUAUAGUAGACUGUUUACCUGUGUCUUGUUAGAGGUUAACAAUGUAACCAAACGGUUUCCUCUCUAGGGGUGUAUUCUGUUAAUUCGGAGAUCAAAAGGAAAUAUUAACAUUUAGAUAAAACUUGGGUGUAACACUGUCAUUGUCUGUAUGUCUCUUUAAAGUUUGUGGUAAACAGUCUAUGAACUGCUUAAUGGAUAAUUGCCUUAUGUUAAUCCAUGUAGUUAAUUGCCGGCGAUGUUUACGAAAUACAAGGUUACUUCAAAAGCCUAUUGUUCACCAUAGGACUUUGUGCUGUUGAGAGGCUGCAAAAAUCUGUAUAAAAACUUUUGGGACCUGAUCCUUUUCUCUCAGAUCUUCUUAAGCUUUAUUCAGAGGGAGUUUGAGUCGUAAGACUGAGAUCUCCAGUCCCCUCUGGACUGCCCUGAUAUCGAACAUUUGGACAUUAGACUAGAACCUGAUGAAAUGAUUCUGAAAGGGACUCUUCAAUUCUAAAGCACCAUCUCUGCAGUGAAACUGACCUAAGGACUCUAUUCAUGUUUGUCUGUAUAAUGAUCAAUA